AUGAGUGUUUUAAAAAACUUGGCAAAUAACACAUUAAAUGCUAUCACUAACUAUAUAAUUUAUCAGAUAAAAUAACUAUGGGUCGAAUUGUCACAGUAAUUAAACAUGGUAGUUAGAUUUGUUUGGAUACCAUCACAUAUUGGCGUAGUAGGUAAUAAAAAAGCAGAUUCCCUAGCCAAAAAAAUUGUUGAAAUGGAAAACUUAACACCUUGCUCUGAUAUUGAUAUGUCUGUGCCUCACACAGAUGCUGUUAGCCUUAUAAAGCGGCGUAUGUGUGAAGCAUGGGGAAGGUGUUCAUAUCACUGCAUAGAAAAUGAAAACAAGGGUGCUUGGUAUAAUAGUUUGGACGUUCAAAUCAACUCUGUUCCUUGGUUUUGUAAGAAAAGUGAUUACAUAAAUAAAAAAAUUUAUUCAAUUAUUAGUCGUAUGCGCUUUGGUCAUUGUCGUUUAAAUUAUCAUCUUCAUCGCCUCAAAAUGGUCAGUUCCUCAUGCUGUGAUCGUUGUCAAACAUCAAGUGUUCAAUCUUUACAUCACCUCUUCUUUGAGUGUUCGUCCUUCAACAUUCAGCGCCUUGUGUUGUCGGGCGAACUUUUAAAAAUUUAUGAGAAACCUGAAAAUGUCCCGCUGAACAUACAGGAGCUACUUAAGAAUGCCUCAACUUAUUUAUAUUUGUACAGAUACAUUUUGGAGACUGUAGGGGCUGUAUAA